UGCCUCAUUCCACCACGGUCAAGCCUACCGGGAGGGGGUGUCUAUUAACAGCUCUGCAGUAACGAUUUCGUUUUGAAAGUCGAUAUUUGUAUUUAUAAGAUACAACGAAUUUUAUUUAUUUAAAGUAAUCGUACUUAUCUAUCACUCUUGACCGUUAACCGUCGUUCGAAAUAGUAAUUUGUACAGAAAAGAAAGCUAAGUUAACGUUUGAACUGAGCCGGUGGUGCUAACAAAGAAAAUCCUUUCUCUUCAGAAAUAAUCCCCCACUACUCUAUUUAGUUAUGAGUCAUGUGGUCGUUGAUAAUCCACACGGUCUAGAUCAGCAGCUUGCUGGCCUAGACUUAAACUCUGACGGACAAGGCGGGGGAACUGGCAGACGUUACAUUCCACCUCACUUGAGGAACAAAGAUGCCGGAAAGAAUGAUGCACCGGGAUGGGAUGCUGGACGCACCAAUGGAUUUGUGAAUGGUUACGACAACCGAUCCAAUGGGGGCUUUGGAGGGCGUGGACCCCCUCGCAAUGAUAGAGGGUUUGGUACUUUUGAAAACAAAGAUGCUGGUUGGGGAGGAGCUCCCAGGGAUGCUGCCUACAACAGCUUUGGAGGACGUAAUGACAGGUCCAAAUCAUCUUUCUUCAAUGAACGUGGGACUGGCUCCAGAGGAAGGUGGCGCAUUUACGCAGCAUGUGUGCGUGUGUACAGAUAUGAGCGUGGGGGCUAUUCAGGUGGAGGAAACAGCCGCUGGCAGGAAGACUCCAGAGAAGAUGACUGGUCCAAGCCCACUGCUCCAAAUGAGCGUCUGGAACAUGAGCUUUUCUCUGGAGGCAACACUGGGAUCAAUUUUGAGAAGUAUGACGAUAUUCCUGUGGAGGCCACUGGAAGCAACUGCCCUCCCCACAUUGAGAGUUUCCAUGAUGUGGAUAUGGGGGAGAUCAUCAUGGGCAACAUCGGCCUGAGUCGUUACACUCGUCCCACGCCUGUCCAGAAGUAUGCUAUCCCAAUCAUCAAAUCCAAGAGAGAUCUCAUGGCCUGCGCCCAGACUGGCUCUGGUAAGACUGCUGCUUUCUUGCUGCCAGUGCUGAGUCAGAUCUACACUGAGGGGCCAGGAGAUGCUUUGCAAGCUGCAAAGGGCAGCGGACAGGACAAUGGAAGGUAUGGCCGCCGUAAGCAGUACCCACUCUCUCUUGUUUUGGCUCCAACAAGAGAGCUGGCUUUGCAAAUCUAUGAUGAGGCCAGGAAGGUUGCCUACCGCUCUCGUGUGCGACCCUGUGUGGUCUAUGGUGGCGCUGACAUUGGUCAGCAGAUCAGGGAGCUGGAGAGAGGCUGUCACCUUCUGGUGGCCACACCUGGACGUUUGGUUGAUAUGAUGGAGAGGGGCAAGAUCGGUCUGGACUACUGCAACUACUUGGUCCUGGAUGAGGCUGACCGCAUGUUGGACAUGGGUUUUGAGCCACAAAUCAGGCGCAUUGUGGAGCAGGAUACAAUGCCGCCUAAGGGCAUCCGCCAGACUAUGAUGUUCAGUGCCACUUUCCCCAAAGAGAUUCAGAUCCUGGCACGCGACUUCCUGGAAGACUACAUUUUCUUGGCAGUGGGUCGUGUUGGUUCCACCUCAGAAAACAUCACUCAGAAAGUGGUUUGGGUAGAGGACACUGACAAGAGGUCCUUCCUUCUUGAUCUGCUCAAUGCCACAGUUAUUCCCAAUGAGGUUCAGGAAAAUGUGACAGAGACCCCAGAGAAACCGGGUAAAGACUCUCUGACUCUGGUGUUCGUGGAAACAAAGAAAGGAGCAGAUGCCCUGGAAGACUUCCUUUACCGCGAGGGCUACGCCUGCACCAGCAUCCAUGGAGAUCGAUCCCAGAGGGACAGAGAGGAGGCGCUGCAUCAGUUCCGCUCUGGAAGAUGCCCCAUCUUGGUGGCCACAGCCGUGGCUGCUCGAGGCCUGGACAUCAGCAACGUGAAGCACGUCAUCAACUUUGAUUUGCCCAGUGAUAUUGAGGAAUACGUUCACCGUAUUGGCCGUACGGGACGUGUGGGCAACCUCGGUCUGGCCACGUCGUUCUUUAACGACAAAAACAGCAACAUAACCAAAGACUUGCUGGACAUCCUGGUCGAGGCCAAGCAGGAGGUUCCCUCCUGGCUUGAAAGCCUGGCCUACGAGCACCAGCACAAGAGCAGCGCUCGAGGACGCUCCAAGAGGUUCUCUGGUGGUUUCGGAGCUCGUGACUACCGUCAGACGCCCGGUGGCUCUGGAGGCUUCACCAGCAGCCGUCCAGGGCGCAGCACCGGAGGCCAUGGAGGGAGCCGUGGCUUUGGAGGCAAGUUUGUCCCCCAGCAGCUCCUUUCAGAUGCUUGUGGCUUUGGUGGCAACUUCUAUGGCAACGACGGCUACGGCGGAAACUACAGCCACUCUGGUAGCGUUGAUUGGUGGGGGAACUAGUCACCAUAGGAACGGGCUGCCAUGCCAACCCAAUGGAAACCACAUGUUGACUUAAGCCAGACCAUAACAACCCUCCCUGUGUAGCUUCACUGACACACAGUACAUUACCAACCCUGGUUCUCUGCCAUUCGCUUCUCAUGGAGGACGUGCUGCGCCACGCAAAGGAAAUCACCAGCACGUGCACGCCACCAGGGCCCGCAGAGAUUCAGACACCUCAGAGUGAGCAUGGAUGCUGACGUGCAUUGUCCCGACAGCAGGUCGGGCUUUCAUUGUUCAAAGUAUUUCUGUUCUUUUGGUGGGGGGGCGGGGCAACGCCCCAACUGAGUAAUCUGAGGAUCAUUUGUAUGUUAAUGUACUGUGCCUUUUGAAUUUAAACAGGAAAUCUGUGUUUUCAUUUCACCAGAUGAACAUGGCCAAGAGCUCUAAAUUUGUUUUUACUAUUUUGUUUGGUGAAAAUAACUAGAAAGGUAAAAUAAGCUUGGACUUAAUCAAACCUUGGCAAACACUUGGGUGUUGUGGCUCUGAGUCACGAUUCCAUUUGAACUUCAAAUUUCUAGCAGGAACAUCAUGUAGCCUUUUCUAUUGUCAAACAGCUAAUGGAGCCAUUCUAUCUGUAACUGGGCCAAUAUGUGAGGCAACUGUUUUAAUCCUGAGGGACAAAGUUACAUUUGUUUUUCUUUUUGUUUUCUUUUUUUUGGUUUUGUUUGUUUUGCUCACUCUAUCCUGGACAGGCUCCUAUUUUCGGACAUGGUAGUCUUUGAAAUAGCCAUUCCUAUUGUAAUCUUAAAAACACAGAAGUCAUUAAGCUCAGUGCCAACGAUCGCUGAGGUAAACGCAAGAAUAAUCAAUGCUGGAACUCGUUCCUCCACUUUUUUGAUUGACUUGACAGUGUUACGGCAGCUAGUAUGUUAUCAAGUGCUAGCUACAUUAAGUGGGCGGUGUUUUUUGUUUUUUACUUGAGACAUUUUUUCGGUGCGAGCGUUAGCAAACUGGGUCAGUUAUUUUGAAUCGUUUCUCUACAAAAACACAAACGAUGUCUGCCGCUUCUGAGUGAAGUUCAGGGUGGCUGCAUAAAGGACCAUGGCAUCGGGGGGGCUCGGCGUGGCGGCGUCGGCGCUAACGAGUCGACCAGCAGCCGCGAGGCCCAGAUGGUAUUCUACGCUUGCAAGUGUUUUGGUUUUUUGGUCAAGGAGAAAGGACACGUGAACUGAGUCGCAGGCUUAACUUAAUUACAAACGUUUUCUCUUUUCAAGCUGCGUUGGAGGCAUGGUUCAUCUUUCAGAGGCGGGCAUUUGAACGGGCGCCGGGGGG